AUGGCGGACCCCAACUUUCACGGGGAGUCAGCUCCUCCUGAGGGGACGGCAUACCCGGACAUCGAUGAGAUAGUUCAAUACCCAUGGCAAGGGAAUCAGCCGUCUACAAGCGGGGAUCUUAUUGCCUCGGUGAUCGACCCUCGUUUGUACCAAGAUCUUUACCAAUCCGAGAAUCUCAACGCCGGUCCUGCGACUGAUGACGCCGAUGGGUCUUCGUCGGACAAUCAGGUGGAUCCCCCCAACUAUGAUGGGGGAGAUGCAUCAGAUGAUGCGUCUUUUGUGAAUUCCGAUGAUGAAAGUGAAAGCGAGGAAGAGGAAGAGAUGGCAGAAGAUGACGAUGACGACGACUCGGCCGCCAGACGGCGACGCCGUCGAGGUGGAGGCCGCUUCUCCGGUCGUUACGGUGCUCGCGGUGGCAAGGGAAUCAGAAGAGGGCCCCGAAAACCGAUAGAGCCCAGCCCUGAAUUCAAACUCCUUCACUCGGAGGCCACAUCUGCCUUUAUCGAUGGCGAGUACGAGCGCGCCAUCGAUUUGGUGAUGCGUGCCAUCCAAAUAAACCCUGAGAUGUUUGCGGCUCAUUCGUUGCUCUCGGAGAUUUUCCUAGCCCAGGGCGAGCAAGAUAAAGCAAUCACGGCUCUCUUCAACGGUGCUCACACUCGACCAAGGGAUCCUGGAGUCUGGGGCAAGGUUGCCCGGCUGAUUCUCGAUCGCGCUGGCGAAGACCGCCAAAGUGCACUGAAUGACGUGGUUUAUUGCUACAGUCGAGUGAUUGACAUCGAUCCCGGCAACUACCAUAUCCGAUUCCAGAGAGCCGCCCUCUAUCGGGAACUGGGUCACAAUGGGCGGGCUGUGACGGAGUACGAACGCAUUCUCAAAGAACUCCCCCACAAUGCCCAGGCUCUUCGACAUCUCGCGGAGACGUACAUUGACCUCAAUGAUGUCCAGAAAGCGAUUGACCAUUAUGAGGACAGCAUUGAACACUACUCCACCCUCGAUCCUGAGGAUGUUGUUGACUUUUCAUGGUCCGAUGUCAACAUCUACGUCGAACUGUACAGUUAUGUGGGCCAGCAUGAGCAAGGGCUUGACGCUUUGAAGUUUAUCUCCAGGUGGCUUUUGGGUCGCAAAGAUGAUACCAUGUGGGAGGAAUUCGAAGACGAUGACCGGGAAUGGGACGCUGAUGAUUCACCCCGUCGCAUCAAGACGGAUGGAUUUAUUCCUGGAAAGUGGCCCCGGGAUACCUAUGGACUGGGCCUCCCUCUUGAGCUCCGGAUUAAACUAGGUCUCUUUCGACUCAAGAUGGGUGAGAAACACCAUCACGAGGCCUUGUUCCAUUUUGAGUGGUUGAAUCCCGAAGACAACUCCGAAAGUGGUCGGAUUUUUGAUUACGGCGAUCUUUUUCGAGAAGUUGCAGAUGCCAUGAAAGAGACCGGACUGCUAGAAGAAGCGCUUCGAUACUAUUUACCCAUCCAACAAACCACAGAAUAUGCAGACGCGAGCUUCUUUAUGGCCAUGGCUGAUUGCUGCAUGCAAUUGGGCAAGCUGGAAGAUGCCGAGAGCUGCUAUCUCACCGUCGCCGAGCACGAUGCGACUGACAUGGAAUCGCGAGUACACCUGGCAAAGCUGUACGAAAGCCUUGGCAUGACCGAGCAGGCUUUCAGAUAUGUCAACGAGGCCGUUCUGAUUGGCCGACAAGAAAGCAGAACUCGGAGAAAGAGAAAGGACACACGGCUGGAGCAACUUGCCAUGGAAUUUAAAAUGACUGAAGUCGGGGCUCUAAGAACAAUUGCUCCCAAGCCAUCGGCGACGCUCACACAUUGGGCUGCCUCGACUCCUGGCAAGCGACGAGCACGACUCGAGGGUGGGCGGACCGAGGAUGUCCAGUUCCUUUAUACAAAGAUGCAAGAGCUGAACCCCCAGAUCAAGGAAGGCGUCCUCGAGGCUAUUGAAGACUGGCUGGACAUCGCCGAUGCUUUGCUGCGUGAUUUCCGGUCCAAUCGAGUCUUCUACCCCAUCACACGCAGUAUAGCCUUUCAAGGGUAUUCGAAUUAUGCGCGUCGCAAAGCUGGCCGGACCAAGAACCACAUGAUGAUGGACGAAAUGCAGGAGAUGGCAGGGCGUCUUCAGGAGAGUCUUGGUGAGGUGACGGAUGAACCCUUACAGGGUGCUAUUCCAACAGACUACCAUGGGAUUCCUUUUGAUGAAUGGCUUGAUAUCUUCCUGCAGUAUGCGCUUCUGGUGACGGAACAGGGCGAGCCGGAGGAGGCCUAUGAAACGCUCGACUCCGCGGCUAUUGCCAGUAUUUGGCUUCACAGCAAGCACAAAUCGCGUAUAAUCCAUGUUUGCUGGUUCACAUGCGCACUUCACGCACAGGACGAAGAGACCCUCGCCAACGAAGCACGCUGGUUUAUCAAGGAGUACCAAUUCGUGACCGACACUUAUCGACUCUUCUCAAUGCUCAGCCGUCUAUCCGGCGACCCUCAUCGCUCGCUCUUCCACUCUUCCCCGAAUAUGAAAUUCAUGCUGCGUCAGAUCAAAGCAAUGGACUUUACUCUCCCCCACGAGUCUCACCGGCCAGUCCGAAAAUCCAUUUGGAAAGAGCGUGCAUCACUAUCCACACGUAACGAAGCUGGCGAACCGAUCCCCGCCGAAGAGCUGGAUGUCGCCCUCCUCGUCCUGUAUGGCCAUAUCCUGUACUCAGGGAACAGCUUCUACCCGGCGCUCAACUACUUCUUUCGAGCCUACGCACUUGAUGACCAAAACCCGGCGAUCCUACUCUCGAUUGGCCUCUGUUACAUCCACCACUCGCUGAAACGGCAAUCUGAUAACCGCCACUACCUGAUCAUGCAGGGCCUGUCGUUUAUGGAAGAGUACCGGCAUGUCCGCGAGAGGCCCGGGGUUUUGCUGCAGGAGCGCCAGGAGAUGGAAUUCAACUUUGCCCGCGUAUGGCACACUCUUGGCUUGAUCCAUCUCGCCGUGCCGGGAUACGAGCGGGUGCUAGAGCUGGGCGACGAGAUCAGACAAGAACAUCUGCAGAGGUCGGAGCUGGCUGUUAAUGGCGCCGAUGUGGUGAUGGGCGAGGCAGACGAGGACCAGGAUCAGGAUCAGGGCCAGGACACGGCUCCUUCGCCGCAACCUUUCGUUGAGGAUUUCUCCAGUGAAGCUGCUUACGCGCUGCAGUGUAUCUACGUGCUCAGCGGUGACGCCAAAACCGCAAAGAAAAUCACCGAAAAAUGGCUCGUGCUGUGA